AAACAGUCUGCGGGAGAAACCCAGAAGCUCCGCUGCUCUUUUGAGACGAAACUAUUAGGCAGAGGGGAGAUGGCCUUUUCCUGCAUCAUUCCCAGAGUUUAAAAGGCACUCUUGAGGCAGCUGCAUUUGGCUACAGCUCUGUCUUUCUAACAUACGUAAAACACUUAUUUUUAGUAUGGUCUUUAGAGGCCAAUGCUUUUAUGGUUUGGAUUUUAAUUUACCAAUCACAUUUUUCAUUAUUGUGACUAUUCCUCUAGAUCCUUUAGGACAGAAACGUUAUUUAUUUCCUUAUCUUUUUAUGUUAGUUGUGUUCAACGCUUGUCCUAAAGGAUCAGAUUAGAAGAAUAUAAUAUAAUUUAAAAAUGAUGUGCUAUUCUAGACAUUGUCUCUCAAGUCUACAUUUUAAUUUUUGAAAUAAAAAUGUCAAAGCUAUUCUGCAGUCUCACCUAUUACCUUAUCUUCUAGUUUCCAACACUGAUUUUGUGAUGGAAAACGAUUUGUUGAGAAAAUUAAGAGAAAACAUGAAACGUGUUCUUACUCAAGAGGAAGAAAUAUCGAGACUUCCUCUUCUGUCAUCUGCCACUGAAGAACGGAGACGUGCUGAGAACUCCCAGGUUUCCAGACAUCCAGAAAUGCGCGUGGGCCAGGAUUUAAGUUUAAAGUUGCGUUCCCCUCAGAUUGUUCAGACAAAAACUGAAAGACUGGAAGUAGAUCUGAAGAGAGCGAGGGGCCAGAGUUAUAUGAAGACAAUGGAAAUAUCAAAACUUCUGGCAGAAAAAGAGGAGCUGGAACUAAAAAUUCAGGAGCUUACAAAUAAAAAUAUACAAUUGGCCAAAGAAAAAGAAAAACUUUGUGAACAGUAUGAAGAAAAGCUGAGCAGGAAAAAUCGUUCAGAUGAGUCUGGGCAGCUGGAAAAACUCAGACGAGAGAAUGAGAGUCUCAGCUGCAAGGUGCAGAAACACGCUGAAGAAAAAGCAGAGCUCCUACGAGAAAAUAAUGACCUCAAAGACGAACUUUAUCGAAAGACAACACUGAUGUCAUUAAUGACAUUAGAAAACAAAGAGCUCCAAAAUAAGGCCGAGAUGAGCUGCCAUUCUUUUCGUUGGAAGUGA